AAAUAAACACACACAAGUUGAAGGUGCUUCAGGCGACGUCGUCGAUCAGCGCGUCGCCACCAAUGGCCCGCCACCUCGCUGCAUGUCUGGUUGCCGCCCUUGUCGCCCUGUGCGCCGCCGCGGCCUCUGUAGCGGCGCAGCCACCGCGCCCGCUGCCGUCCAACUACCAUGUCAUCACCCCGGGCAAGUACAGGAGGGAUCAGCAGCUGGCCUGUAACGACGACAGGACCAACAACACGGCGUGCUUGGCCAAGUGCGACAGGCGCUGCCCUAACCAGUGCAUCGUCCUCUGCCCAGGAUGCAAGACCUUCUGCAUGUGCGACUUCUACCCCGGCGUGUCCUGCGGUGACCCCCGCUUCACCGGCGGCGACGGCAACAACUUCUACUUCCACGGAAAGAAGGACCAGGACUUCUGCAUCCUCUCCGACGCCAACCUGCACAUCAACGCCCACUUCAUCGGCAAGCGCAACCCCGCCAUGAGCCGCGACUUCACCUGGAUCCAGGCCCUCGGCGUCCGCUUCGCCGACCACCGCCUCUACAUGGGCGCCAAGAAGACCGCCAAGUGGAACAACGACGUCGACCGCCUCGACCUGGCCUUCGACGGCGCCCCCAUCGACAUCCCUACCGAGAUCGGCGCCGUGUGGCAGUCCGCCGCCGCGCCUGGGCUCACCGUCACCAGGACCGCCACCACCAACGGCGUCAGGGUGCAUCUCACGGGGAUGUUCGACAUCAUGGCCAACGUGGUGCCAAUCAGCGAGGAGGACUCCCGCAUCCACAACUACGGCGUCACCGACGACGACAGCCUGGCGCACUUCGACCUCGGCUUCAAGUUCAUCGACCUCUCCGACGACGUGCACGGCGUCCUCGGCCAGACCUACCGCUCCGACUACGUCAACCAUCUCAGCGUGAGCUCCAAGAUGCCCGUCAUGGGCGGGGCGCCCAACUACGUCGUCUCAGACAUCUUCGCCACCGACUGCCCCGUCGCAAGGUUCGGCGCCGGCCGCGCCGGAAUCUCCAUGGUUACAGCUGAGGCCAGUUAAAGAGCUGCUUGCACAUACCACGACGUCCGCAAGAUGAUCGUUUCGCCAAGCUACCAUUAGAGCAUGAAUAAAUUUGUCAGCACGUCCUGGGCGUCCGGGUCCGGGUCAGCAGGAACGUCCGCUCGCGCCGUCCUCACCACGGCGCUCGUCUACCGUCUUCCCCGAGACUUCAGGAGCUGGAUCACGACGCGCUCUCUACGGCACCCCUGCGAUCGCACGUCUCCACUGCGAUGCGCCUAGAUAGGCAUAUGGUUAAUCCAUGCAUACCGAUGUACAUGUAUAAAACUC